AUGACAUCCUUAGCCAAACAGUUGGAGAGACUAGCUGUUCCUCACACCCAGACUAUCUAUGGAGAAGAUCAGAGAAAGAAAUCACUCCUGUUUGAUCCAUCAGAAGCUGCCUCCAUAGACAAAGAGACAUUUUUUAACUUAGGUGUAAAUGGGUUAGAGGAACUACAAACUAUUGAUACAUCCUUUCAAGAAUAUGAAUCCAAUUUAUUUGCUGAAUCUUCUAUGUCCUUUGAGAGAAGUGUACAGAGCAGUGAAGUAAAUGAUCGCCUGAAUGAGACCCUGUCCCAGUUCCUGCUUCAUCUGUCUCCUUAUUGCCUGCUUAAACCUGCACACAAAGCACUGGAAUGGUUAAUAUAUAGGUAUCACAUCCACCAAUAUAAUGUGGACCAGCUUGUGAUGUGUGUUCUGCCUUACCAUGAAAGUAAGACGUUUGUCCGUGUCAUCCAGUUGUUACCUCUUGAUGCUAAAACAGCAUCCAAAUGGGACUGGCUCAAACCAAUACAGAAAUCCGGAGUCCACUUGGCCAAGAUGACUUUAGUAAACCACUGUCGAACUAACCCAGCCUUCCUGUCUACCAUCUGUGAAAUGGUUUACGAUUCUGUCAAGGUUCAUAUCCAGUACAGUGAGAAAUUACCACACCUGCGAACACUUUUUUCCUUUUUCACAACUACUAUCAUUGGAGUUCUAGACUCAGGGAAAGUUAAGGAAGAAUUGGUUUCCACACUUCUAGCCCACAUCAGUCAUGGUCUGCGCUCCAAGGUUCUAGACUACAAGGCUGCUGUUUACAUGAUUACUGCACAGCUCCUCUUCAAGGCAAAACUCCAGAAAUCUCUGUUAGAAACACUGAUGAAUGGAAUGUGUAAGCACUUGUCAGCCAACCUCCUACAGGAAGCUGUCUCUUGUCUCCUCCUCAUGUUUCAGAGCCAGGAUAUCUCUAAACUCACCAACAGAGCAUUUAAGCAUUUAUGUCGCCAGACUACCUUAGUUGACUGUUUGGCCCAUAUAUCUGCCAACUUCAAAGCUGACCCACUGAUCCAAUCAUUCCUGCUCAAGUUGAUACCAUGUGCAGUGAGGGAGCACUCGGUCUUGACCAGUUCUGGGAACAGCAGUGACUCUGACUCGGGCAGGGGUGUACCACAGUACCUCAGCCAGUUAUACACCCUGAUGUCAACUGCCAGUCUUAGUCAGACUACUACAAAGCUGGCCAUCAGAGAAAUAAUUGAGAGCUAUGUGAAAUAUUGGCCUCGUGUAAUUGGAGAAGAGGAGAAGUUUGAGUUUGACCGAAGUUUACGAAGCAUUGUGCGUCUACUGGAGGGAAGGUACUACACGGCGCUAGAUGAAGCAGUAGAGGAAGUUCUUUCUGAGACUAAGGAUGCAGCUGUCAAAGACAUUGUUAAGGCAUUCCUCCAGCUGUCUGUUGCUGCCAUUCAAGAUGAUGAUGAAGAAAGACCUGGCAUGUCACUUCUACUUCUUAAUCACCAGAAUCGCAUCAUCAGGAGAGAGACUACUCAACGCUUCAUGCAAAACAUCAACUUUAUGGAGGACAGAGACUUUGUUUCCAAUACCUUAAUGGCCCGGCUACAGGACGAUGAUGUAGGAGUCGUACAUACUGUUCUGUCGUCUAAAGAGGAUAUUUGGAAGUUUGUCAAAGACCAAAGCAAGCUCUUUGAAGUUUUGUACAAGCUGAAUACUAAAGGUGAACUGAAAAGAUUAUCAAGCAAACAAGUUUCAGAGGAUCAGAAAAUGGAAGCACAAUGGAACCAAAUUGAGAUACUGUCCCUUGAAUUGAUGUGUAAAUGUCCUGAAGAAUUUGACGACAAAGCCAUGGCAACAGGGAUACGAUACUUCUUUACACUGAUUGAGGAAUGUAAUAAGUUGGAGAUGUGUAACUGUGUGCUGAUGUCCCCAGUUGGAAAACGGAGCGAUGUACUACAGAAGUUUGAAAAACUGACCAGAGAUUAUAGGAAAGGUGUUAAUAACUCACCAGACUUCAAUCUGAAAUGGGUCGACUAUCUUGGAAAAAGCAUGUCAGAUUUGCCAAAGGAUGAUAUUCUUCAUUUGGUUGAUCUAUGGAGCAGAGACUGGAAGUUAAACAGGACCAAAUGUCUAGUACUUCUUUUGGUAGACUGUUUGCUGAAGCAUACAACUUUUACACUGGAACUCUGUAGCUAUCAGAUUGACUUCAUUCAACGGGGCCUGACAAAGGAAUUGGAUCACCAGAAAACAAACAUUUCCUACCAAUUCCUGUCAAAGGCUGUGAGCAAAGUUUCUAAAGACAUGUCCAACAAGACAGGCAUUCAAGAGCUUUUACUGACCCUACUGGACAGAACUAUCCAAUGUCUAAGUUGUUUCAAGGACAACAUGCCAGACACCAAUUUUUGGCGUUGUAUUGAUGACAAAUUUGAUCCUGAAAAGGAUAAAUUAACUGUCCUGUUGGUGAAGACUUUUAAUUUAUUACUGAAGUCAACUUCUGGAGGUAACUGCAGUCAGCAGUACAGAGAACUACUCCAGAAAUAUAUCAAGGGGACAUUUCCGGACAUACUUUCCUUGCUCCGGUUUCUUGGACUGAUGUGGACAAGACACUGUAACCCUGACCACUUGUCUCUAGAGCUGACCACCAUCACUCAGGCCAGUGCUUUACAGAUCAGCAAGGCCCACCUCCUUAACAUGACCACUGAUCAAGUCAAGGUCUUAACCACAAAUGUCACACCUGUACUGGUGAACUUGAUGGUAGCAAUGACGUCCCCUCACCAGGCUCUCAGGGAUAUGGCUGAGGAUUGCGUGGUUUCCAUUGAGACUGUAUUGAAGGAAGCUGAUCAUGAAAUGUUACCACUUGUUAAAAAGUUAAUACGCUGUCAGCCUGAAAUAUCAGCCGAUAGCAGUUAUGUAUCUCAGGUACUUGCAACUGUUUUCAAAGAUUGUGAUAAAGAAACAUCAAAAGACACACCUCGUAAAAAGAGGAAGUCUGUAACAAAAGAUUUCAAAGCUAAAGCAUUGGAUACAAUCGUAUCCAUGACUGUUGCUAUGGAAACUCCUGCCUACAUACAGAGGGCAGCACUACAGCUACUACAGGGUCUGGAGACACAGAAAUUGUUACAAGAUCUGUUCCCACUUCUGAUUACACUAAUGGCUGACAUUGACAGUGACAACCUAAAUAACGCCAAGUUUGACUGUGUACGGUUGAUACUACAGCGGUUUACAGCAGAUACUGCAACACUACUGUCCCCAGGUGAACAGGGGUUAAAACUCCUUACAAAGGCCCUUCAAACACCUCAUGGACCAGAUGACACUUCAACUACUGUACAGUUAUGUGCACUUGGACUGAUUGAUAAGUUCCUGUACACAGCCUUGCCAGAGGCAAGUCGGAGGGUCCUACUUACUUGUCUCAUUGAUGUGUGGGUUGAGACUGAGAGCCAUGUAGUGUCUGCUGCUGUGAGGAAGGUCAUCAAACAGUUACCGCUGGAGUCUACAGACAUUGUAGAAGAGCUUCAGUCCUGUUGGAAAACUUCAUCUGACUUGGUUAAAACAGUAAAGGAGACCAAAAGGAGAAAGAGACAACAAGCUGAUACAGAGGAGGAAUUUAACCGUCCAGGCUGGCGUCGUGCCACCAUGAUCCUGGAGGGUAUCCAGGAGAAGAAGAGGCUUACAAACAGUCCACUUCUGCUGCCUAUCUGCUUUCAGCUCCUAACACGUGUGUUAGAUUCGGAUCAGCACAGCUCUGCAGAGUAUAUUAAACAACUCAUUCUGUCGCUGGUCAACCAUGUGUGUCAAAAGAUCCAAUCAGGGCAGGAAGAGAAUGAAGCAAUUGAGGAACAGAAAUUCAACAUGGAGCUUAUUGUUCAGACCAUAAGAACAUCAAGUAAUCCUCAAACUCACAAUCAGGCUUUAUUGGUUCUCACAACAGCUGCUAGACUUUACCCGGAACAUCUACUACACAACGUGAUGUCUGUGUUCACAUUCAUGGGUGCCAACAUCCUACGACAAGAUGAUUCUUACAGUAUACAGAUUAUUGGACGUAUUUUGGAGACUGUGAUCCCAGCACUUAUAACAGCCUGUGAACAGAGGACCAAGGUACCUCAAGGUGUGUCUAACAAGGUGGAGGAUGUCAUCACCAUGGUGAUCCGAGUGUUUGUGGAUGCCUACCCUCACAUCCCUGACCACCGUCGCCUUAUGUUGUUCACCAAACUCGUACAGAUCGUAGGCGAGGAUAAUUACCUGUGGCGCACCCUACUUUUACUGGUCGCUCACCUGGUUACCAGGGGAACACAGUCCAAUGAUGAUACUCCAGCAACUGAACGUGAGAUACUAUCCAAGGAUAUGGAGUUCUGUUUACAACUCUCUGGCCAGUUCCCUGCCACAACACAGCUCAUGUUUGCUGCAGCAGCCAUAAAGUAUCUAGAAGAACUGCCAGAUGAUAAGACUGAGGAAAAGGUAGUUCGGCGGGUCACCCAGCCCCAGUCUCUUGGAAAACUGCGUAAAGAGGACACAGAAAUAUACAACGUGAAGAUUCACUCUGCUAAACAACUGCGACACUUCAAGUACAAAGUUGUUGAACUUCUUAUUUCUCUACAUACCACCGAGAUGUACAUCGUACAGGUUUCCAAUUGUAAAGACUCAUCUCUACUCACCAAGUUCCAGAGUCUUCUGCAGAAUAUCAUGGAGUUUCUUUCCAGGGUUUCCCAGGCAACAGACAAAUACCAAGAAACUAUUACAGCAAGGUUUUGGAAAGCAUUCCAACACAAAGUGUAUGAUCUGCUAGAAAAGGUCGUGACCUUGUUGCCAGAAGAUAUGUUUGUGGAGGUUGUAUCCUCAUUGAUGGAUCACACUCUUCCAAAUGUACAGAGAAAGGCCCUAGAGCUGCUCAAUACCAACUUACACCAGAGACGAGAAGUUCUCACAAAGCACGAGGUGUCCUUGCUCCUUCCACUUGUGGACAAGAUCCUUGGUAUUGUGGACAACACCUGUCUGGUUGCAGGUGGUGUGGAGGAGGUCACUGUUAAUGCUCAAACUGCUCUGUAUGGACUUAAACUCAUGUGUCGCCACCUGGGGGAGAAUAAUCCUCAUACAUUUAUAAAGGUUCUGAAACUUGCCGUUCGGGUUUUCAGUGAAAGAGGAGAUAACCUACAGCUGUCAGCAUGUGCCUUACUUUGUAUUGCAGAGAUUUCUCAAAUUCUUAAUAUCCAUGUUAUUGCCCAUCUCUCAUCCUUCAUGCCAAAAAUCAUCACGUGUUUAGAAAACCAUGAUACGUUACUGUCAAAUGAACUCUUCCUGCUGAGUGUGGUGACAACAUUGCAGAAGGUUGUGGAAAAUCUCUCCAAUUUCCUCAGUCCCUACAUCAAGGACAUAAUUCUACAGGUCUGCUGCCUCUCUGCUCUGGACGAAGAACUUGAUGUGAUGAAGAAACCUCAAACACAACAGAGACUGAAAAACAUUAGGUCAUCGCUGUCAACAAUACUGCCUUUCCGUGUUAUACUCCCAUCUGUGAGCAAUUGCUAUGAAAAGUUUUCCAGUAAUGAUCUGAUGUGUGUGAAGCCCCUUAUGUCAUUGCUAGAGGACCACUUAACCAACAUGAACUAUGAGGAUCUCACAAGUAAUCUGACACAGCUCCAGACUUUCUUCCUGGUCUGUUUGGACUUCAGGGCCAAACACCCUGAUGUCGAGGAGAGUGACGUGACCUUGAUAGAAGGCAGCAUAAUGCAGACCAUCAUUUCCAUGGUGAUGAAAUUAUCAGAGUCCUCAUUCAGACCAUUUUUACUGAAACUCUACAAUUGGGGAACUAGGGAAUCUGAUAUUAAAGCCAGAGUAACAGUAUUCUACAGACUGGCUGACAGCCUAGCAGAUAAAUUGAAGAGUCUUUUUACCCUGUUUGCUGGACAUUUUGUACAACAUGCUGCUGAACUGUUGGACCUAAAUAACUCAUCUAAAACAGGUAAAGGUUACUUUGGGAAAGGGAAGCAGUGUCGUAGAAUGUCUCAUCAGCUGCUGGUCCAUGUGAUUGACUGCCUCCAUAAGUGUUUCUUGUAUGACACUGAGGGUUUCCUCAACAAGGAGCGAUUUGAAUGCCUUAUGCAACCACUGGUAGACCAGCUCGAUAAUACUGGUCGUAGUGAGAAUCUGUAUAGAAAACGUGUUGACCGUCACCUAGUACCCUGCCUUGUACAAAUGGCUGUAGCUGUACAGGAUGACUCCUUGUGGAAAACUUUAAACUACCAGAUCCUGCUCAAGACCAGACAUGAGGAACCAAAGGUACGUUUAGGAGCUCUGAAUGCUGUUGAUGAGCUGCACAAAAAGUUAGGAGAGGAUUUCCUGGGCCUACUGCCCGAGACAAUACCGUUCCUAGCAGAGUUGAUGGAAGAUGAUUGUGAAGAAGUAGAGAAAGAAUGCCAGGCAGUUAUUGGAGAGAUGGAGAAAACCCUUGGAGAGCCUCUUCAGAAAUACUUCUAGAUAUCUUGAUACUGUUUUAUUUUCCCCAAUAGUGGUGAAGGCAUACUAAUCCAUAAGCUGGAGAACUUCCUCAGUCAUGUCUACAAGAUAUAUCAGUACUUCUACAGAAACAGGCUAAUG